AUGGCCCGCUCCUGCUGCUCCUCUUGCUGCAAGCCUACCUGCUGCAAGACAACUUGCUGUGAAACCACCUGCUGUAAGCCAGCCUGUGUGGUCAGCUGCUGCAGCACACCCUGCUGUGAGCCCAGCUGCUGUGAGCCUUGCUGCUGCAUCAUUCCCUGCUGCCAGCCCUGCUGCUGUGUGUUCACCUGCUGCCAGCCAGGCUGCUGCCAGCCCUGCUGCCCUCCUACUUGCUCUCAAACCACCUGCUCUCAAACCACCUGCUAUAAAAAAACCCAUGUGACCCGCUGCUGCAGCACACCCUGCUGCCAGCCCUGCUUCUGUGUGUGCAGCUGCUGCAAACCUUGCUGCUCGACCACCUGCUGCAAGACCACCUGCUGCCAGCCUUGCUGUCCCCCAACUUGCUGUGAAACUACCUGCUGCAAGACCACCUGCUGCAAACCAACCUGUGUGGUCAGCUGCUGCAGCACACCCUGCUGUAAACCUAGCUGCUGUGAGCCUUGCUGCUGCUCCAGUUGCUGCAUCUUUCCCUGCUGCCAGCCCUGCUGCCCUCCUACUUGCUCUCAAACCAUUUGUUGCAGGACCACCUGCUCCAAAAAAUCCCAUGUGACCCGCUGCUGCAGCACACCCUGCUGCCAGCCCUUCUGCUGUAUGUGCAGCUUCUGUCAGCCUUGCUGCCCAUCUUGCUGCCAGCCUACCUGCUGCAGGACCACCUGCUGCAAGACCACCUGCUGGAAACCAGCCUGUGUCACCAGCUGCUGCAGCACACCCUGCUGUCCACCCAGCUGCUGUGCACCCAGCUGCUGUAUUAAAACCACCUGUGACAGCUGCUGUCCCCCAGCUUGCUGUAAAACCACCUGCUGCAAAACCACCUGCUGCAAACCAGCCUUUGUGGUCAGCUGCUGCAGCACACCCUGCUGUGAGCCUUGCUGCUGCCCCAGCUGCUGCAUCAUUCCCUGCUGCCAGCCCUGCUGUCCCCCAACUUGCUGUGAAACCAUCUGCUGCAGGACUACCUGCUGCAAACCAACCUGUGGCCCCAGCUGCUGCAGCAUCUGCUGCCAGCCCUGCUGCUGUGUGGACACCUGCUGCCAGCCUUGCUGCCCGUGA